AUGUCUCAGUCUGAAGAUAUUCUGAAUCAAGACAUCUGGCAUAGCCGGAACGACAUCGUGCCGCCUGCCUCUAACCAUGAUAUCGCCAUACACUACAAAAGGGCACAGUCAAUUUGUGUCCAAAGUGGCCUGUCACAAGAUGAUAUCAUGAACCUGACCCCGAAAUAUUGGGAUUUCCAUUUCGAUUAUGGCUCGUACGAUCUGCAUACUCCCCAUGCCGGGGCUGCAAAGGCAAUGCCCCCAAAUACGCCUUACUGCGAGAUGCCCCGUGUGGCUGUAGUAUUUGCUCGCCUUAUGGUAGAUGAGGAGGACCGCGGUGUGAAGCCAUUUCUAGUGUUGUUGAGCGACGCAAUGGGUAUGCGACCUGGCGUCACAUCCCUUAUGCUUCCUACAAGGCCGGGCACAAAGCCAUUGGAUCAUUCUUUGACCUCUUUCAAUCACGUUUCCCUGCCUUCGACCGCACUGCUCGGCUCUAGCUCUAAGCCAGAGAAUGGCCGCAUCGAGUUCCUGCGUCAUAUCCGGCGCGUACCUGUGGGAACAGUGUCCUUUUCUAUUCUGGGUAUCUCGGCUAUCAAAGUCGGGACACGCAUCGCAGCUGUCUACAGCGAGAGGAGGACUGUAGCAUCGGUCGACGGCGGUAAGGGGCGGAAACGGAUCAUGGACUUCAGCACUCAGCAAGUUCCAAUUGUUGAGGGAUGGGUGCAUGAAAAACAUGCACUGGCUACCAUUUUCAAGGCGACGGUGGUCAAGGCCUCUCAAGUCUUAAGGCCACUCGCCGAGAGGUGUGGAUGGCAAGGCUUCUUUGCGUUCAACCAGAUAAGCGAGCUGGACCUUACAUUCCAAGGGAACACCGUCUCCGAAGGCGAUACGUUGGUUCUAUGCAUCCGCUUCAUGCCAGAAGUAUUGGCGGGGAGUUUGGUCCUUCCACAGGCAAUUAAUAGAUCAUCUCGCUUAGCACAACGCGAAGAAGAUCUAAUUAGAGACAUGAAAUCGCGACUUGAAAGAGUCGGAGGCUACGACAAUCAUCGCGGUCCUGCCUUCGAUCGCUACAUUCUGCCUCGGUGCAGAUUACUAGCAGAGGCCAUUGGGAAUCGUAUGGCUUACGAGGCGGCUGAGAAGUCGGGCAUCUCUUCGGGGGUGCUCACGCUGUAUGAGAGGAUCUGUAUGUGUGAAGACUUAGAUCCCCUACCCGCACUUGAGCCCUUGGUCCAGGCACGGGCGCCAUCUCGGUCUUGCAGCUCAUAUAGUGCUGUCCUCGCCCAGAUCAGAUCAGAGUCUGUUACUCCAUCUGAGGUAGACGAUUACAUAACAGCCCCUAUCACCUCCGAUAAGUCUUGGGAAUCAUUCAUGAAAGGUCUUCAGAUGCUCAAGAGCCCGCUAGACGUGCCGACCUCUCUUUCGAAACUAUAG